AAGAUGCUGAUGAAGCAGCAGGACCGCCUGGAGGAGCGGGAGCAAGACAUCGAAGAGCAGCUCUAUAAGCUGGAAUCGGACAAGCGGCUGGUCGAGGAGAAGGUGAGCCAGCUGAAGGACGAGGUGCGCCUGCAGUAUGAAAAGAUGCACCAGAUCUUGGAUGAGGACUUGCGGAAGACCAUGGAGAUCCUGGACAAGGCCCAGGCCAAGUUCUGCAAUGAGAAUGCGGCCCAGGUUCUCCACCUCAAUGAGCGCAUGCAGGAAGCCAAGAAGCUCCUCAGCUCUGUCCAGGUCAUGUUUGACAAAACUGAGGACAUCAACUUCAUGAAGAACACCAAGUCUGUGAAAAUCUUAAUGGACAGGACCCAGAACUGUACAGGUGGCAGCCUGCCCCCACCCAAAAUCGGCCACCUCAACUCCAAGCUCUUCCUGAACGAGAUUGCCAAGAAGGAGAAGCAGCUCAGGAAGUUGCUGGAAGGUCCUCUGAGCACCCCCGUCCCCUUCCUGCAGAGCAUCCCCAUGUACCCCUGCACCGUCAGCAACUCCGGCGCGGAGAAGCGCAAGCACUCCACCGCCUUCCCCGAGGGCAGCUUCCUCGAGCCAUCGUCCGGGACUGUGGCGAGCCAGUACAUAAGCCAGGGCGCUUCGGCUGGCGAGGGGCAGUCCGCACAAGCCAUGGUGCCUUGUAGCUCCACGCAGCACAUAGUUGGACUUCCCAGCGGCCCGCAGCCGGUGCACUCGGGCUCCGUCUUCAACCCAUCUCACUACCCCAACACCACGUCAUCUCAGCAGUCCGUGCUCUCCCAGUACGGCGGGCGCAAAAUCCUCGUCUGCUCCGUGGAUAACUGUUACUGUUCCUCCGUGUCCAACCACAGCGGGCACCAGCCCUACCCGCGGUCGGGGCACUUCCCCUGGACGGUCUCCUCGCAGGAGUACUCCCACCCGCUGCCUCCCGCCCCCACCGUUCCCCAGUCACUCCCGGGACUUGCCGUGAGGGAAUGGAUUGACGCAUCCCAGCAGCACGGGCGGCAGGAUUUCUAUAGGGUCUACGGCCAGCCAUCGGCGAAACACUACGUCACCAGUUAACCGUCACACUCUCCGGAGAGUCCCGUUCGAUGACGCGUUCGGAGAGAAAGUCUGGUUUGGUUUGGCUUGUCUUUUUUUUUUUUUUCGUUUC